UCUAACGUGACCUCGAUGAUCCGAGUAAUCUACUCGUCGGGGAUUUCACCUCAAUACCGUCUCCGACAGAAACCCUAGUUUUCCACUUUUCCCUCUCCUCAAUUCGUACUUUUCGUUAGCGUCUGGCCAACAUGGGAACUGCGGAACAGGUUACGAAAGCCUCAUCUAGGAAUACGUUUCCUGCGGUCGGCUCGGCGGAGGAGAUCAGGGUUCGAAGGAGGACGCUGGAGGUGGUGCUGGAGCAGUGCCAUAGGGCUCUCGAGCAGCUCCAAAUGUCUGAAGAUGACGGGUACCUUGCUGAAGAGGACACGGGGAGGGAGGGGGAAAGUAAUCCGUCGGUCUCUUCAUCUGCACUCGAUAACGAGGCUGAUGAGCUAUGCAAUCUUGUCAAGUUCAGGGUUGAAUCAGCAGCCUUUCUUGAAAAGCUUGGGAGCAUCGAUAUAUCAGCUUGUCCUGAUGUUUCUGUUUCUGCAGAUGAUAGUGCUUCUUGGGAUAUGGUGACCUCAAAUGAUCUAUGGGAUGAUAAACAGAUUCUUGUUGACAAUGAAUCAGAUGAAGAUAGUUAUGUUCUUAUUCGGCAAGAGGAGAUAGUGGAUGGAAUUGCAUGUUUCAUGGCUGCUUACCUUCUUUCAUUGAAAGAUUCUAAAGAAUUGACUCCAAAUCAGCUUCAGGAAGCUCUUUGCAAAACAUUCUCUGGGAAAAAGAGAAAAAGCAGACUUCGAAAAGCUUGGGAUGGUAGCAAAGUUAUUUAUAACGUGGCAUCUUGGAGUGCUACAGCUUUCGGCAUAUAUCAAAAUCCGGCAUUGCUUAGAGCUGCAUCAGUGGUCUUCUCUACUUCAUUCCGUGCAAUAUCUAAAUUACUCUAAGAAGGCUCUUGUAACUUUGCACAAAAGCUUGUACGAAGCCAGAAAUGGCCUUGUGUGCUGAUGCGGUCCAUCUUCUAAAUCUUCUGUAAGCAGCAGCGGCAAGCAGCAACCAAGAGCACCUACUUCCACAAAUAACCUCUGUAAAUUCGUAAUAUAAAGAACCAAAUCUGCGUCGUUACUUCUGCUUGUUAUGGCCUUAUUUUCUUAUUAACCGUUUUAAGUGCCUCCUUUAAAUUCACUUACGUAAAUAUGCCCCUGUAAACUAUCUGGGUUAGAUGCAAACAUUAACUUAGGCCAUUCUUCGAAGGAUAAUUUAUCGGAUAUUGCAUUGA